CAGAUCAGAUUAGCCACCGAAGCUCCAUUAAAGGGAAUUUCGUGGAAGCUUCGCGAUGUGCUGUGCUGGCAUGAAGACAUUGGGGAAGCCCACGUUAGAAGAGGACGUUUGGUUUGGUUUAGUGCCAGCAGCGAAAGUCUCAGCCCUCAGGUGCUGGUACGGGCUGAAAUCGGACCAGAAUCCGGCAAGAAAUCGGGUAAUUUUGUAUCUGACAUACGGGCAUUUGGAAACUCGGGUUGAAUUGUAACCGGGUAAUGCGAAAUUCAGAGAAACGAGCCGGGCAAACAGCCCUUAGCUAUUACAUCUCGUUCUAUGAUGAAUCAGCAACCUGACAUGUUAAUGUAA